AUGCACAAAUAUUUUGUGGACACAGGCGGCAUCGGAAAACGAUUGAGACGAACAUCACAUACUUCGGAGGACGCGGCCGAUCGAUACGGACGCGAAAGGACGAUGCCCGAUUUCGAUUUCCCUCCGAGAAGCGACGCGGGGGCCCUCGGUCUAAGGGUGCAACACGUGCAAUUAUACAGGGCUGCAGAUUUUCAGGAGCAAAGCGGGGGUUGCAAAACAUCACGUUCACCGGUUUCAGGUAUCACAAGAUCGAUGACAGACGCGAAGGAGCCGAUACUAUUAAAAGUCGUUGCUCCCCCGUCUCACACGGCUUUGUCCGGCGACGUGACCGUUUUUAUUCUGGACACGGCGGAAACGCAAUCCUCUACGGUAUCUACAAGUACCGCGGUCACCAACGGCACAAACGGCGUAAAGAAAGAUGAAAAAGAGAAGCUCGAUCCGCAGAAGGACGAAGUUAACGUGGGUCGCGAACCGCUCGUGCUUAGAGUACUGUACGUCGAUGGCCUCACGUCGGAAUUGAUCGGCGAUUUCCCUCUGAAAACCUUACCGCAUAAGGGUGAGAAUACUUCUGUGAUAAUACCUUGUGGUGUCUUCUCGCGUGGCGGAAUUUAUUCAUUACGGCUUCAGUACAAGUUCUCAACGGUGGCUGCCAGACACAACACUGCCAUUACUGGGCUGCCCGAAAUUGAGAUGAGCAGUGCCUUAGACGUAAAGUGGCCAAUUCCUUCUCUGCUUCUGGAAUCCCAACACCUCGGUACAUAUCCUAGUCAGCCGGUAGUAGCGACCAUAAAGUACAAGGGAAUCUCGUGCGUACCUGCCAAUGGCGUUCCGGUAGCGGCUUAUAUUUUGCAACUCAUAUAUUGCGGCACUACUGCCGCUGCCUGCGAUCCACAAAACAAUAGUCGCACUCAGGUGCUCUAUUACGAGGAAGUGAACGGCUUCACCUCGCCGAGGGUCAUCAAGUUCAAGUGUGAAUUUUUCGGGCUGGCCGGGAAUUACGCGCUCAGGCUGAAAGCCUCGGACGUCAAUCCUUCCGCGCCAACGAUCAGCGCGUACAUCAAGGUGGAAUGGUCCGACGAGUUUAGCUUCAACGUUCACGCGAGGUCUGUCUAUCCCUGCGAGGGAUCGACGGGCAUACCGGUCCUCUUCCAAUAUCCCGCGUGCCGUCUUCAGGGUGAUCGUGUGCGCGUCUACGGCCGUCUACGAGCGGACGUGAGCUCCCUGGCACCGCCCUCCGCGUUGCAUUACGUGGCGGAAUUGAAGGCGGCGCCGGGCAAGCACUCGCUGAACUUCGACUGCGAUAUCUUCACUGAGAAGUUCAUCGAGUAUUGCUUCGUCUACGUGAGCCAGGCGAUUACCGGCGCGAUGGCGGAAGUGAAGCUCGCGUGCAUACCCACCUUCCCGCUUCUAGAAAACGACGCGGCCGGUUGGGGUCCUUGGAGCGCGUGGAGUCCUUGCAGCAGCUCCUGCGUAGGUGGUACUCGCAAUCGAUAUCGAUUCUGCGACACACCGCCCCCGAAAUACGGGGCGAAAUUCUGUCAGGGAAAGGCGGUUGAGACGGAAUCGUGCGGCGGUACCAGCAGGAUCGAUUUUCAGGAGGCGUGGAACACGGAGGGAUGGGAGUGCCGGCACGGAACGACGUUGGCGGCCGCGAGACCGGAAGUCACGGCACAGAUCGGCGUUCAGUGUCGGUGCGGUUGUAUUAUCGAUUUCCAGGAUACAGCCUUGAACAAGAUCCUGGCGGCGAACACCCAAGCCUGUCCCGGCCGUUCCUUCUGGCUGCUGCAGGCGAAGGCGGAUCACAUGAUCCGGUUGCACUUGGACCAAACGCAAUUUCCUUGUCCGGGACAAUACUUCCGUGCACGCGACGGCGACUCGCGAAGCGCGGAGCUCUUGACAGACAUCGCGUUCGACAAGAGUGCACCCGCGACGAGAACGAUAUUCUCCACCGGUCAAAGUUUGCUGCUGGAGUUCUUCAGCGACGAGUUGACCGCCUCAGGGGAUUCCUGCGUGGGUGGUUUCCUCGGACACGCGAGCAUAUUUCAAAAAUACGAGAAAAACAAGACGUCGGCGUCGCUCCCGUCGAAAACGAACUCCACCCCCGCUGUCGAGCAAUGGUUCUUCUGGGGACCCGCGCAUCUGGCGACAGCAUCUCUUUUGAUACUGAUAUUCUUUAUAUCUAUUUUUCUAGCUUUGCAAUUUGCGCUGAAAUAUAGGAAGUACCACAUUGCCGAAGAUAUGGAUACCUUGAGCGAACAUUCCGGAUGUAGCGAUACGCACAUGAUGGUAGGACGUGCGAAAUCGAUGUCGUCUACGACGCUAAUCUCGGAAGUUGCAUCUCUGGUGGGGCUGCCAAGGAAGUGCACGCCAAGACUGUCGAAACGCAAGCUGGCUCCGUGUGCAGUGGAGGAUGGCUACGAUAGUUCGGAUACUUUGGCAGAGUACGAAGACGAAACUAGCUUGAGCUCGACUACCUUGAAGCCAAAGGAUAACGAGGAAUGCUCGGAAAGGAGCGUAAUACCGAAUAAAUUAAAUACUGAUGAAACACCACCGACAGUAUCGGCCAUCACGUCGGCGAUUGGUCAGCCGGAAGUAAAGUACGCCCAGCCAGUCAAAUUACGUACUCUGGGCUCUAACAGCCCUCUGAUGGACAAAUUGACGUCGGACAACGUCAGCUGUCAAAGCACAGCAAGUAUUACCGGAAGCCCGCAGAUUGCAAGACUUCACCGUUAUACGUCCAAUCCAUUGCAAUCCAAGGAUUCGGCGACAAGCAGUCCACUGUCGGUUGUCUCCACGUUGCGUAGCGGCAAGGAAACGAAGGACCGCCGAAACCGCGAGCGACUGCUCCAGGGACCGGGCUCAGAGUUCAGCCUGACAAAUCCGGAGACGGAUAUGGAGCUGGACUAUUACGAUUAUAACGUCGCAAACGCCGGCGCAGUGCCGGGCUCCUACUUAGGUAUGGAUCCAGCUUUUCUCCUAUGGAUUCCCCCGUUGUCGGUGUCCGAGGAUUCUGAAGAUCCGUCUGCGGAUCGCCCGGAUUGUUUUCAAGGCACGAUGACGACGACGAGCCCGGCACUGUUCCGAUUGCCGGAGAACACCGAGGGCGCAACCCUGACCCCGGCCGAGUACCGGCGGAUACGACUUGGCGCCGAGGAGACCAAGCUGAGCUUCGAGCAGAGACGCCAGGACUCGACGUCUUCCUCGUCGUCGUCAAAGAACGAUUCGUCGUCGGGUGGCAGCGCCAUGUCCGAGGAAAGCAGCGGCAGCGAGAGCAGGACUGCCAGGCUGAAUGAACGUCUGCUGCCGAUCCACCGGAUCCUGGAGGACUCCAGAACCCGGGUGAGCGAGGAGUCCUUGUGCAGUCAGCUGGCCGUCGACAGGACGCAGUACGUCAUUCCCAGCCACGACGCCAAGUCCGAUGCCUGCCAGGAGCAGGACACCUCGAGGAGCAAUCGACGGGGCAGCUACGUGAAUAUCGCGGAUCCCGGCCUGGCGAAGUUGGAGGAUAAAUCGGAGAAGUCGGAGAAGCGGGCCACGAAAAGCACCUCCAGACCCUACGCGACUCAGAAGACGAAGGACAUUUCUCAGGAGGACAAGAGGAACCGCUUCAGGAAUGAGAAUACAUCCAGAUUCGCUGGCAGAUCGACGGCAAGCUCGAAAACGCCGACAGCAUACGUGGACAGCAAGGAUAAGGAUCUGGUUGCCAGGAACGACUCUAAGUCGGACGUACUUCUGUCGAACUUGAAUGUAACGAGCGGCCAGUGUAAGUAUCGCGACUUCACGCAAUUCACGCAGCCCCGGGAGAUCAACAAGCUGUCAGACUGCACCAACAUCCCCAUGAUCGAGUUCUCGGGCCCGCGACUAAACUCACCGGCGACAGCGCGAAGAUUGACGACGGACAAUCUGAACAUCAGCCUGUCCAAGAAGGAGAUUCAGAGUCCGGAUUACGGCGUUGAGAGCGACAUGAAGGCAGAGUCGCGCGAGUCCUUCUACGAUCUGAUCCGUGAGAGCGAGGACGGCAUCAAGUUUGCGGAUGAUGACGAGGAGUACAUCGAUAACAGGGCGAAUCUGUAAAAACGACUGUAAACGGACAUUGUGACACGAAUGUGCAAUAAGCUAGAAGCUAAAACCCCUUUAUUACGUCUUAAGAGGUAUCUUUUUUGCAAUUAUGACAACGUUAUACGUCCGAAUGAUCACAAAGCGGUUACCAACGUCAGUCUGCAGCUGAUGCCAAAAGCGAUGGAUUUCGAGGUGCGCGCGGAAAUAUUGAGACUUCACACAUGGAUAAUACUUUCCUGGACGGAUACACAUCUCACCUGGUCGCCGAGAGAUUACGAUGACAUCACUUUUAUCCACGUGAUGAGCUGGAAUAUCUGGCUCCCCGAUCUAUGCAUCUUCAACACUGGUGACAUGGUGCAGGAUCAAUAUGAUAUGCUUUCGAUGACGGAGUGCGUGCUGUUCAACACGGGUACCGUCAGUUGCGUCCCGGCAAUGAGAUUCAUCUCCAAAUGCGACACCGAUCUCACGUACUGGCCCUACAACACGCAGCAAUGUAACAUCUCACUCGGUUCAUGGGCGCACACGGGGGAGGAGGUUGAUUUCCAGCUAGUAGGAAAUGGGGUCAACAUGGAAGACUACGUUCAUAACUUGGAAUGGGACUUCAAGUUCAUAGGCUCGAUCAAGCAUGUCAGAAGGCUAAAGAACGAUACUUAUCCAAAGAUCGACCUCAUGUUCUGGAUGGGCCGGCAUUACGACGUGUUUCAUAUGUCAGACAUCGUACCCAUUACUCUGAUGCUGCUUACUAUGACGGUGCUCUGGCUGGAUGUGAAAUCGUUUGAACGGUUGGCGAUAGCGAGUCUAAACUUCCUUUGCCAUACAAUCUGCACGUACCAUCUGCGCUGGCAAUUGCCGUACCAUGGCAUUAAGCCCGCCAAUAUAAUGCUGUUCUACCGUGAUUCUUGGGCAUUGGCUACUUUUGCGUUAAUCCUGACAGCGUUACUACGCAAACUGCAAGAUAUAAGCACGGAGAUGCCAAGUUGGGCUUCGUCUACGACGAUAUUUGUCUUGAGCAACCGAGUUGGUCGAUUCUUGAUCCUAACGGAGGAGGAAUCUAAGGUGGUGGAGGGAGAUAGGACGACCGACAGAAAUUCAGAUGUUCCAGAAUCCGGAGUGACGACGAGGAAAUGGUCUUGGAAGCACCUCGUCGUUAUCGUUGACUGGUUAUCUUUCUUCUGCGUGAUUUUCACUUAUAUCAUCAUGCUGAUCGUUCUUAUACCGCGGAGUCGUCGGCCGAUGAAAAUGAGGAUACUACAGGUGUUCGGAUUUUUCGUUAUUCUCUGGCAGACUCAAUUCGAUCCUUUCGCAGCUGCCACAAGUCCAGAAAGUGAUGUUGUGAUACGAGGAUGCAAAAGUUUGGAAAGUAACACGGCUCGGUUGCGUCUUGAAAAAUAUCUCUUCUGCGAUUAUGAUAGCUCCCUCCGUCCGAAUCAUCACAAAGUAGUUACCAACGUCACAAUAAAAUUGAUGCCGAAGAUGAUGGAAUGGAGCGGUCAAGACAGUAUAGCUCUCCACACUUGGAUAUCAUUCUCUUGGACGGAUGGACAUCUCACCUGGACGCCGAGCAAUUAUGACGGAAUAACUUAUAUUCAUGUAAAGUCCUACAGAAUCUGGAUACCCGAGCUAUACGUCUAUAACUCUGGCGAUAUGUCGGAAGAUUCAUUUUUGACCGUAACAAAUUGCUUGCUCUUCAAUACGGGUGCUGUCAAUUGCAUAUGGGCUGCGAAGUACAUUUCUAGGUGCAACGGCGAUUACACCUACUGGCCUUACGAUCAGCAGAAAUGCCGCAUUGUUUUUGGCUCGUGGUCGUACACGGGAGAGGAAAUUGAUUUCCACUUGGAUGGAGAUGGGAUUCUCAUGGAGGACUACGAGAAUAACACAGAGUGGAAUUUAGAAUUCGUGAGUGCAGCGAAACGCGUGAAAAAAUAUGAAUGCUGUCCGGAUGAUACUUUCCCAACGAUCGAUUACACGUUCUUGUUGACUCGCUAUAACGGCAUACAACAGAAGUCUCAGAUCACACCGGCCAUGAUUUUGAUAUUCCUCACCUUGACGGUGCUGUGGUUGGACUCGAGAACGACCGAGCGGGUAGUGAUUGCAUGCGUAAAUUUCUUCUGCCACAUGUUCUUCCUUUUUGAUUUGCAUUGGCAAUUACCUUACAAUGGCGCUAAACUUCCUAACAUAUUGCUGUUCUAUCGCGAUUCUCUGGCGAUGGCUACUUUCGCGGUAAUCUUGACGGCGUUAUUACGCAAGCUGCAAGAUAUAAGCAUGGAAGUGCCAAGUUGGAUCUCAUCCACGACAACGUUUGUCUUGAGCAACAAGGCUGGACGUUUCCUGGUCUUGAAUGACGAAGAGUCCAAGAUAGCGGACGGAGUGACUGAAGAGAACGCGGAUCCUCCAAAUGAUUGCAAUAAUGUCGAGAGCAAAUCGACUAUGUUGCAACUGAAAAGACAUCUCCUCUGCGAGUAUGACUCCACAGUAAGACCAGUGAAAAAUAACAAUAACGUUACACACGUGACAUUUACCGUGACGCCGCAUUUUGUCGAAUAUCAACAGGGAAGAGAAAUUUUCGAAUUACAUACAUGGAUAUCGAUGAUAUGGCAGGAUGAACAUCUGUCAUGGGAUCCCGCGCAAUUCGAUAAUAUCAAAUGGCUAACUGUGAUAGACUAUGAAAUUUGGACCCCAGAUAUUGUACUACAUAAUGAGAAAAUUGGAGAGAGCACGUCAAGCUAUCGUGGUCUGGCAAAGUGUUGGGUUUCGGAGAGUGGCUUGGUUCACUGGUUAAUGCCAGUGAAAUUUUCCACCUUUUGUGUCACGGAUACCACGUGGUGGCCGUAUAACAUCAUGAACUGCACAUUACAAUUCGGCUCGUGGUCGCACGCUGGUGACGAAAUCAGUUUCUCGUCUCUUCAAGAUACAAUAUCGGGCGAAAUUCUACAGGCAAAAGAUGUCGAGUGGGAUUUAUUGAAAAUUUAUGUAACGGAACAGGAAGUAACGUAUAAAUACAAUUCGGGUACCACCACCAGACUGCUGUCUUAUCACUUUAUUUCACAGAGGCAUUGGGGUAUCAUAUGCAUUGCGUAUGUAUCUCCCACCAUAGCAUUGAUGGCGUUGAGUCUGACGACACUGUGGCUAGAACCGAAAUCUCAGGAACGGAUGAUUAUUGCUAAUCUCAACUUUAUUUGUCAUUUAUUGGCUUUGCAAGAUGUGCAUUGGGAAGUGCCGAAGAGCGGAAUUAACAUUCCCCUAUUGCUCUCUUUUUACGAGAAAUCUCUCGUGAUUGCAUUGUUCACGAUCAUCCUUACCAGUUUCUUGCGGUACUUACAAAACCUGAGCAGCGAUCCGCCCGUGUGGAUCUCAAACGGCACGACGUUCGUCCUGCGUAGCAAAGCCGGCCAGAUUCUUUUAAUCAACAUUUUGAAUCCGGCCGCGACAGCCAAAAUAGAAGCUGAUGCCGAUGACAACACCGAUCUCAUGCCAUCGGACGGUAAAAAAAUGCCAUGGCUGUACGUUACAAUGCUCAUCGGGCGAUUGGCGUUCCUAAGCGUGGUGCUCGCUUAUAUCGUAUUGUUAAGCAUGUAUUUCCCGACGUAUCAUCGAAUGAAGUAGCGUAGCUCGGUGUGCUCGCAUUCACAGAGAUAUUAACACUCGAUUUAUUAAUCCUCUGAUUUUUCUGUGCGUAAAUAUAAAUUUCACCUGCAACAUAACAUAGACGAAGAAUACUUCUAAUUAUUACGAAUUUUUGACUAUGCUGUUAAAUUAGUAUCUGAAAUAAAAAGAACAAAUUAUGAAAAAGAUAUGAAAUGAAUCAAAUAUAAAUGAAGUAUAUCAAAAAUGUCUAUGGAUUCAAUUACGAUCGGUUCAUAGACUGCAAAUCCACUUUUUUCUUAUAAAUCCAUUUAUUUUGUAAAACAGGUUCUUGCUUUGGAUAUUUGUAUACUACAUUAUCGUUCGUUCUUCCUCAUCUGCUCAACAACAGCGUGACUUACUUCCUAUAAUUAUAUCUCGUAAUAAAUAGAGAGAAGUAAUAGAGAAAAGUAAUAGAGGAGAAUUAGAGAAUGGAGCAAAAGUAACUAUCCA